UUUUAUUUAUUUUCGCAAGAACAUCAAUCCUCAUGUGUAUGAAUCAUUCUCUUGUCACAGAAACUCAUGGAUUCCUACGAUUGUAAUUCACGAUUUUAGGAGAGCGGGGAAUCGUGAUAUCAACAACCCGACGGUUGAAAACCCUUUAAAUUCCCUACGUUUAUCGGAAUGAAACAUUAUACAUUAAAAAAACAACAUCACAACCUCAUUCAAAAGGUUACUCACACUUCGAUCCUCCAAACCACCCUCGUCUCAACUCUAGUGGCCUCCUUCGCCGUCCCAAACCCGACCCCAUUCCGUAUGAAAGAAUAUGCCAAGAAAGGAGGGGCCAUAAAGGGCUUCACUCUAUUGUUCGUUGUACAUUAGUCUGUUAUUCUCUAGAGUAGAUCACUAUUAUGCCUUGAGUUAGGCCAUCGUCACAAGUAAUAUCUUAGAAGCUUCUAGAAUUUGUGUACGGUCCUAUGCCCGCCAUAUAAUCUGACUUGGAGCCUAUUUGUUUUCUUUUCUCUUUAGCUUUGCAAAAAAGCAAUCAUAAGCACUUCUUCCUAUGUUGUCUUGAGUUUUUCUCCAUACAUUGAAGUCGAAAGCAAAAUCACUUCUCCACCUGCCCGGUAGCCGUGCAUCUGAGUACGGAGGCCUAGAUCUCGAACAGCACAUCCCAAAAAGAAGUUGUGCUUACUUCUUCCGUCAGAUAGGAAAUUGCAAUACCGUUUCCGAAUGCCUUCCCUUUAGAGAUACAUCCGCACAUAUGCCGACAGCCACAAGCGAUUGUGGAGCACGAGCUGAUGGAUUCUGCUGCGGUGUUCAGGUACGAUCCGUUGGAAGACGUGAUUAUGGACACUCGACUCAUCCGUCUACUGCCUGGAAAAGUCAUGGGGCCCAUGACCACCUCUGGAUUGACAUAUUCUCACAGGAGCUGGUAGCAGCGGGUCGAGACCGCAUAAAUUGUCCAUCUCGAGGUGAUGUACAACAGACUUUGCCAACCCAUUGGGAAGUCAGCCAAACAGUUGAAGGCCGGCUACUUUUCAUGUGAGAGACUGACAAUGUCACAAUCACGACUUGGGAACAUCCUAUCAAGGAUUUCGACAAAUUUCUAUUCAAUACACCGGUCAUUGGAGCUCUGUCACCUCCUUCGUUGUCAUUCGAAGCACUGUCUUAUGUAUGGGGUCCCCAAAGUGAUCAAGUUGAAUUCAAGUAGUUCCACGUGUUUCAGCUCAUGGAUUGGUUCUCAACCCGGGCGGCUCACUGUAUGUUGGUCAAGCCCUUGCCCAAUGCCCUGCAAUAUCUUAGACGUGAAGAUGGAGAACUUACGCUUGAAUAGAUGCGCUCUCUAUUGACCAAACCAACAAGGUUGAGGAACAGGGACAGAUACGUCGGAUGGAUGAAAUCUACAGACUGGCGCCUCGAGUGAUAAUAUGGCUGGGAGCCUGGGACUCGGAACAGCGAACAGUGAGGUGGCCUUGUCAACUCUGGAGUACCUAGGAGCACGGGUGGAGGUCACACUAGAUGGAAGAAAAGCUGCGUCCCCUAGUGCGGAACAGAGGUUUUGGUUUAGCGAAGAGGUGGAUCUCACAUAUACCACUGCAACGUGGAAGGUCAUACAUGACUUUCUAGACUGUACUUACUUCCGACGGUUAUGGAUUAUCCAAGAGGUCUCACUUGAAAAUGGCUACGCCAUCAUGUAGCGCGGAGAUAAAAGCGCAACCCUUGUAUUAUUCCGAAAGGCCGUCGCUUGUCUGUACAGCAAGAGUAACUUGCCAUAUAAGGGCUUGCGUCCGCUAGUCCUAGAAUGCGUGCGAAUCACCAAGAGCCAUCAUGGCAAAACUCGAAUGGCGCUGCUCGAAAACUCACGUCGGUAGCAGUGUCAGGAUCCUAAAGACAAGAUCUAUGGCAUACUUGGGAUCG